GGGGGUGGCUCUGAACAAUGUGGUCCAGAGACAGCCAGCACCAGGAGCCACAGGGCUGAGACCCCCCCCAGGCCUGCCUGUCCUCAUCGAGGGCCAAGGGGACUGGCUCCACCAUGUUCUCCAGGAAGAAACGGGAGCUUAUGAAAACUCCCUCUAUUUCCAAAAAGAACCGCGCGGGAAGCCCCAACCCGCAGGCCUCCUCAGUGGAACUGCCCAGGAAGGAGUGUACAGAGGCUGCUGGCCUAGAGCCACCAGCCACGUCCCUGUCCGCGGGCACCAAGACCACAGGCACACUCAAAAGGCCCACCAGCCUGAGCCGCCAUGCCAGCGCCGCCGGCUUCCCGCUCUCAGGGGCUGCCACCUGGACCCUGGGCCGUGGGUACCGAAGCCCCCUGUCUGCAGCCAGCCCUGCAGAGGUGCCCGGUGAGGGACCUUUCCCUGAGGGGGUAGAAGACAUCUCCACCCUGCUGGCCGAUGUGGCCCGCUUUGCAGAGGGCUUGGAAAAGCUCAAGGAGUUCGUGCUGUGUGACGACCUCCUGGAGGCCCGCCGGCCACUGGCCCACGAGUGCCUGGGCGAAGCUCUGCGCGUGAUGCACCAGGUCAUCUCCAAAUACCCACUCCUGAACACCGUGGAGACCCUCACAGCCGCCGGCACGCUCAUUGCCAAGGUCAAAGCCUUUCAUUAUGAGAGCAACAACGAGGCAGAUAAGAGGGAGUUUGAGAAGGCUCUGGAGACCAUCGCUGUGUCCUUCAGCUGCACCGUGUCUGAGUUUCUUCUGGGUGAAGCAGACAGCAGCACCCUCCUGGCCGUCCCCCCCGGGGACCCCAGCCAGGCCAUGGAGAACCUCUAUGGCGCCGGCGAGGGGUCCCCACCCAGCGUGGACGAGUGCGAGGAAGGCUGCCUGUCCCCCGAGGCGGUGGACAUGCUCCUCCAGCGCUGCGAGGGGGGCGUGGACGCCGCGCUGCAGUACGCAAAGGACAUGGCCAGGUACAUGAAGGACCUCAUCAGCUACCUGGAGAAGCGGACCACUCUGGAGAUGGAAUUCGCCAAAGGCCUGCAGAAGGUUGUCCACAAUUGCAGACAGAGCAUCAUGCACGAGCCCCACAUGCCGCUGCUGUCCAUCUACUCACUGGCCCUGGAACAGGACCUGGAGUUCGGCCACGGCAUGGUGCAGGCGGCGGGGACGCUGCAGACCCAGACCUUCGUGCAGCCCCUGACCCUGAGGCGGCUGGAGCAUGAGAGACGCAGGAAGGAGAUCAAAGAGUCCUGGCAUCGCGCGCAGAGGAAGCUGCAAGAGGCAGAGGCCAAUCUGCGCAAGGCCAAGCAGGGCUACAAACAGCGCUGUGAAGACCACGACAAGGCCCGGCUACAGGUGGCCAAAGCCGAGGAGGAACAACAGGGCGGGACGCCAGGAGCAGGGACCACUGCCUCUAAGGCGCUGGACAAGAGGCGGAGGCUGGAGGAAGAGGCCAAAAACAAGGCUGAGGAGGCCAUGGCCACUUACCGCACCUGCGUGGCAGACGCAAAGACACAGAAGCAGGAGCUGGAGGACACGAAGGUGACGGCGCUGCGGCAGAUCCAGGAGGUCAUCAGACAGAGUGAUCAGACCAUCAAGUCGGCCACCAUCUCCUACUACCAGCUGAUGCACAUGCAGACGGCGCCGCUGCCGGUGAACUUCCAGAUGCUGUGCGAGAGCAGCAAGCUGUACGACCCGGGCCAGCAGUACGCGUCGCACGUGCGCCAGCUGCAGCGAGGCGAGGAGCCGGACGUGCGCUACGACUUCGAGCCUCACGUCUCCGCCAACGCGUGGUCCCCGAUCAUGCGGACACGGAAGGGCAGCUUCAGCCCCGGGGAUGCUGCGGCAUCCGACGCCGCCGGCAGUGCCCCCGAGGAAGGUGGCGCCUCUGAGGGGGCUCCCGGCAAGGACCACCGGGGGGGACGUGGUCACCAGGUUCAUAAGUCCUGGCCCAUCAGCAUCGCAGACGCCGAGGUCGGCCUGGACGCCAGCGCAGGGGACUUGAAGAAGUUCGAUCGGACAUCGUCCAGCGGGACCGUGUCGUCCAGCGAGGAGCUGGUGGAGCGGGAGGCUGGCUUGGGGGCCCCCGCCUUCGAGUCAGCUGACCUCAACGGCAUGGACCCCGACUUACCCGUGGCCGUGCCCAGUGGGCCCUUCCGCCAUGUGGGGCUGUCCAAGGCCGCCCGCACACACCGGCUCCGCAAGCUGCGCACGCCUGCCAAGUGCCGGGAGUGUAACAGCUACGUGUACUUCCAGGGCGCCGAGUGCGAGGAGUGCUGUCUGGCUUGUCACAAAAAGUGCUUGGAGACCCUGGCCAUCCAGUGUGGCCACAAGAAGCUUCAGGGCCGCCUGCAGCUCUUCGGACAGGACUUCAGCCACGCGGCCCGCGGCACCCCCGACGGCGUGCCCUUCAUUGUCAAAAAGUGUGUCUGCGAGAUUGAGCGGCGGGCACUGCACACCAAGGGCAUCUACCGCGUCAACGGCGUGAAAACGCGCGUGGAGAAGCUCUGCCAGGCCUUUGAGAAUGGCAAAGAGCUGGUGGAGCUGUCGCAGGCCUCCCCCCACGACAUCAGCAACGUCCUAAAGCUCUACCUGCGGCAGCUGCCGGAGCCGCUCAUCUCCUUUCGCUUCUACCACGAGCUGGUGGGACUAGCCAAGGACAGCCUGAAGGCCGAGGCCGAGGCCAAGGCUGCGAGCCGGGGCCGGCAGGAUGGGGCGGAGAGCGAGGCUGCAACCUUGACCAUGGCGGGCCGCCUGCGUGAGCUCAUGCGGGACCUGCCGGCUGAAAACCGGGCCACGCUGCUGUACCUGCUGAGGCACCUGCGAAGGAUCGUGGAGGUGGAGCAGGAUAAUAAGAUGACCCCUGGGAAUCUGGGCAUCGUCUUUGGGCCCACACUGCUGCGGCCUCGGCCCACCGAGGCCACUGUGUCCCUCUCCUCCCUGGUGGACUACCCCCACCAGGCCCGUGUCAUUGAAACCCUGAUCGUCCACUAUGGCCUGGUCUUUGGGGAGGAGCCGGAGGAGUCACCUGGCAGCCAGGAGGGGGUGUCCGCCCAGUGUGCCCAGCUGGAGACCACUGAAGGCACUGUCAGCCCCCUGCAGGAGGAGGCAGAGGAUGGAGGCCAAGAAUCCCGAGUGGCGUCCAAUGACUCAGACUCCGAGCUGGAAGAAGCCUCUGACCCCCUGUCUUCCUCCGACGCCAGCGCUCUGCACCGCUUCAGUUUCCUGGAGCAGACGGAGGCAGGCCUGGAGGAAGGUCCCCAGAGCCGCAGUGGCAGUGAGGAGCAGCUGGAGGGUGAGGAGGGAGACCCGGGCCAGCAGCUGUGUGCCUUCAACAGCAACCAGUCCAACAACACAGCACGGGCCCCUCUGCCCACCAUGCACCUCCAAGGCGGGCAGAUCACGGGUGGCACCAGUCAGGAGCGACGGCCGCAGUUCGUCUGACCUGGUGCUGAAGACCAUCAGCCCACUGCCAGCCACUCUGAGGGACACUAAGGGCCCCUUGACUUGGGGAUUUUCCCACAGUGCUGAGAAAGAACCUCAAGGAGCUCAGGGGCCCCUGGCCUCGCAGGGAGUGGCCUGACUCAAUUGGACUUGGCCGGAGUAGGUACAGCGGCUGGAUUCCCGUGGUCCCCAUCAUUCCAGGAUGCCAGGCGCACCCCUGCCUAGAUGUGUCUGGGCGGGUGUAGCGUUGGGGUUAGAAGCCAGUCAGGAUGCCGUGUAGUGGGUGCAGCCUGGCAUCUGUGUGUGGAGCUGGGGCAGCUCUGGUGUGGAGCCUUGCAGGAGGCUGGGCGGGGACAAGCAGGUUGGGAGCGCCCAGUAGGCCUCUCCCAAGGUGCAGUGGAGGACUUUCACCCAUGCACCCUGUUUUGCUUGGAAUAAAUUUCUUACCCGACUGAGCUACA